AAAACCUCCCUGGAGCCACUCACAGUUCACUUCAAGUCCAAGAACGCCCCCAAAAUCUGUUUCUAAUUUGACAGAAAUCGUUUGAAAUUUGGCACGGUAUUCCAAAGUACGUGGGAAAAAGAGCUCUUGUCCUGGCUCGGGCUUCAACCACGGAGACGGUUUCGCUUCCUCUCGACGUCUUCCUCCGAUGCAGCGACCCACGCUCCGGAGUCAGAAUUGGUGAACGUUCGAAAACUCUGGAAAAUGAAGACAUGGUUAAAAAUUGUAUUUGGAGUGGCCGCCUCGGCUCUUCUUGCGUUAUUGGUGAUGUGCAUUGUCUUGCGUCCUUCCAGAGUCCACAAUGAUGAAGGCAGUACAACAAGGGCCCUCACACUGAAGGAUAUCUUAAAUGGGACAUUUUCAUAUAAAACGUUUUUUCCAAACUGGAUUUCAGGGCAAGAAUAUCUCCACCAAUCUGCAGAUAAUAAUGUAGUAUUUUAUAAUAUCGAAACAGGAGAAUCAUAUACCAUUUUGAGUAAUACUACCCUGAAAAGCGUCAACGCUUCCAAUUAUGGCUUAUCACCCGAUCGACAGUUUGUGUAUCUAGAAAGUGAUUAUGCAAAGCUUUGGAGAUACUCGUAUACAGCAACCUAUCACAUCUAUGACCUUAGAAACGGGGAGUUUGUCAGAGGAAAUGAGCUUCCUCCUCGAAUUCAGUAUUUUUGUUGGUCACCUGUGGGGAGCAAAUUAGCAUAUGUCUAUCAAAACAAUAUCUAUUUCAAGCAAAGACCAGGAGACCCACCUUUUCAAAUAACAUAUAAUGGACGAGAAAAUAAAAUAUUUAAUGGAAUCCCAGACUGGGUUUAUGAAGAGGAGAUGCUGGCUACAAAAUAUGCUCUCUGGUGGUCUCCUAAUGGAAAAUUUUUAGCAUAUGUAGAAUUUAAUGAUACAGAUAUACCAGUUAUUGCCUAUUCCUAUUAUGGAGAUGAACAAUAUCCUAGAACAAUAAAUAUUCCAUAUCCAAAGGCUGGGGCGAAGAAUCCUGCAGUUCGGAUAUUUAUUAUCGAUACCACUUACCCAGGACAUGUAGGUCCCAGAGAAGUGCCAGUCCCAGAAAUGAUAGCCUCAAGUGAUUAUUAUUUCAGUUGGCUUACCUGGGUUACUGAUGAACGGAUAUGUCUUCAGUGGUUGAAAAGAAUCCAGAAUGUUUCAGUGUUGUCUAUCUGUGACUUUAGGGAAAACUGGCAGACAUGGGACUGUCCAAAGACCCAGGAGCACCUAGAAGAAAGCAGAACUGGAUGGGCUGGUGGAUUCUUUGUUUCGACACCAGUUUUUGGUUCUGAUGCCAUUUCAUACUACAAAAUAUUGAGCGACAAGGACGGCUACAAACAUAUUCACUAUAUCAAAGACACUGUGGAAAAUGCUAUUCAAAUUACAAGUGGCAAGUGGGAGGCCAUAUAUAUAUUCAGAGUAACACAGGAUUCACUGUUUUAUUCUAGCAAUGAAUUUGAAGGCUAUCCUGGAAGAAGAAAUAUCUAUAGAAUUAGCAUUGGAGGCUAUCCUCCAAGCAAGAAAUGCAUUACUUGCCAUCUAAGGAAAGAAAGGUGCCAAUAUUACACAGCAACAUUCAGCGACUACGCCAAGUACUAUACGCUCGUCUGCUAUGGCCCGGGACUCCCCAUGUCCACCCUUCAUGAUGGCCGCACUGAUCAAGAAAUUAAAAUCCUGGAAGAAAAUAAAGACUUGGAAAAUGCUUUAAAAAAUAUCCAACUGCCUAAAGAAGAAAUUAAGAAACUUGAAAUGGAUGAAAUUACUUUAUGGUACAAGAUGAUCCUUCCCCCUCACUUUGACAGAUCAAAGAAGUAUCCCCUACUAAUUCAAGUGUACGUGGUAUUUUCUUUGGUAAAAUUCAUAGAAAUGGGUUUCAUUGAUGAAAAAAGAAUAGCCAUAUGGGGCUGGUCCUAUGGAGGCUAUGUGGCAUCUCUGGCCCUGGCAUCUGGCACUGGUCUUUUCAAAUGCGGAAUUGCAGUGGCUCCGGUCUCCAGCUGGGAAUAUUACGCAUCAAUCUACACUGAGCGAUUCAUGGGCCUCCCAACGAAGGAUGAUAAUCUCGCGCACUACAAAAAUUCAACUGUGAUGGCAAGAGCAGAAUAUUUCAGAAAUGUAGACUAUCUUCUCAUCCACGGAACAGCAGAUGAUAAUGUGCACUUUCAAAACUCAGCGCAGAUUGCUAAGGCUCUGGUUAAGGCACAAGUGGAUUUCCAGGCAAUGUGGUACUCUGACCAGAACCAUGGCAUCUCCGGCCUGUCCACAAGCCACCUGUACAACCACAUGACCCACUUCCUAAAGCAAUGUUUUUCUUUGUCCAACUGAACGACAAUGCAGGAUGCUGCCUCGAUUCAUCAUUCUCAGACUCCUUGUAAAUGCCUCGCUCCAUGUGCCUGCUUAACGUUCUCUGCUAUGGAAAGGCUGCUCUCAACCAACUCAGGAGAGGGAUUGUCAAGGUUGGUUAAAGAAAGUUAAGAGAGCUCAGAAAUUCACCCUAAAUAUUGUUUACAUGUCCUGGUACUCUGCAGAAGAAAAGGGUAGUAUGCUGUGGAUACAGUGGUAGAGCGGAAAAAUAAAGCCAGAAGUUGAAGUGCUA